GGCGGAGUAAUUGUACCCGGACGAUUGAUUCGUCAAAAAAAGUUUUUGUGAUUAAUAGUCUGAAGUGUCUGAUUAUAUUUGUUUGUUUCUUGUUUUCGAUAGUAUAGUGAUCUCAAUUCUCCCAAAAACACCUUGAAAUUGAUAUCGGACCUGUUUUAUCUAGGAAUAAAUAAAAAUCCGAGGUUUGUCUGAUCUGCAUAUAAAUUCAUCAUAUAAUACAUCAAGACAAAAUGAGUGUGGUCAACAAUCCACCGAGUAGUGUGAAAAAUUCCAGAGAUGCUAUCGAUUGGAAAAAUAUGGUUAAUCAUCCAGCAUUCGGGACGGAAGUCGAUCUCGAAUCAGACUUGCAUCCAGCUAUGGAAGCUUUGCAAGCACUGAAAUAUGAAUCAGAAGAUCCAAAUGCUAAUGCCCUUAGUUAUAAAGAAGAAGGAAACUACUAUUAUAAGAAAAAAGAAUUUUCUAAAGCAAUCUUGUCCUAUACAGCUGGUCUACAAGCAAAGUCAUCAGAUUCUAAAUUAAAUGCAAUACUGUAUACCAACAGAGCAAUAUGUCACUUCUAUUUAAUGAACUACCGAUCAUGUAUCCGCGAUUGUAAGUCUGCUGUUAGUUUAUCACCGGAUUAUGUUAAAGCUUAUGUAAAAGGUUUGGAGUAUUUUAUUAUCAAAAGUUUUAUAUUAGGAAUUGAGGCCUGUUUGGCACUUUCAAAAGUUGAUGAAGCUUUAGAAUUGUCGUCAACCGGUUUGAAUGUACUGCCUUCUUCUCCUGAAUUGCUUGAAGCACAAUAUAAGGUUCUUAAAAAGCAAAUGGAAUUAGAUAAGGAAGCUGAGCACAGAUCAAAACUCAAUUGUAGAAAAGAAGAUGUAAAUGCUGCAUAUGAGAUCUUAAAGUCACGUGGAAUUGAUGUUAAUCUUAUAUCAAAACCUAUUGAUAUGCCAGAACUGAGUUGUUCGAAAUUUCAUGUGGAUUCAUUGGGGAAAUUCCACUGGCCCAUCUUAUUCAUGUAUCCUGAAUUCGGACAAACUGAUUUCCUCAAAGAUGUAGUUGAAUCAAGCACGAUCAUCGAUUGUUUGAAUAUAAUUUUCGGUGUGAAUCAACCUCCUCCAUCAUGGGAUCCUAAGCACCUAUAUUCACUUGAGGAUAAUGCUAUAAAGGUUUAUUUUGAACAUGACAAAUUGGAAAAGUUUAUUCUUUGUUCACCGGAAUGGACAAUUAAAAAGCUAACUAAACAAAAUGGAUUCACUGUCCGCAGAGACUUAAUCAUCGUUUUACACGUAGUAUCUAAUCGAUCAACACAUUUCUAUACUAGUUGGAAAGAUCUAAACACUUAACUCUGCUGACUGACCAGUUUUUUACACGUUAUUUGUAAUCAACACGACCCUCCUUUUUCAAAAAUUCUGUGUAAAAUAAAAGCCCGUUUGUAAAAAUACUUU